CUGGGUGAAUCCUAACAAACACGGCGGGCUCCAUGGGUAACAGCCACGGGGCUGCAGGGCUACAGCGAGCCGUCCGCAAUGUGAUAAAGAAGGCCGGGAAAAUUCAUCACAAGGCUCUUGGGACAUGUCAGAAAGCUCUUCAGGUGUGAACACACUCACUGGCAGUUUCCCCAAAUCCCAGUCAUCCCAUGGCUCUGAAUUCAGGGUUACAGGCACACCUCUCUCUGUGGACCAAAGUCCUGACUCUGGACUAGUAUUUACACCCCUUCCAUCAAGUCGGUUCCAGUUUGCGUUGUGGCAUGGCCUGGAGCAGUGUGAUGUCACAGGUGACCAGCUGACGUGCCCCAGGGUUAGAGAAGGGCCAUCAGAAGAUGAGUUACAUCUAAAAGAGAGGGGUGGCAUCUGUUUGGAGAGAGGGAGGAGCAGGAGAAGAAAGGAAGAAGGACAGAGAUGGGAGGAGAGGCUUCAAGAGAACUGGGAAAACUGUCUGGAGUUAAAUCUGUCCUAUCAGGACUUGGGUGAUCCCUUCCAGCAAGAAAAUUUCCUCCGGAUCCUCCGCCGGUUGAUCCGAGUGGAGAAACUUCAACUGAUUGACAACUCCCUCACCAGCCUGAGUUCUGUACGUCUGCCAAGGUGCAGAGUGUUAAACCUGCACCAUAACCACCUGGUGUGUCUGCGUCAGCUGCCAAAGCUCCCAGCAGUGGAGCACCUUUGUCUGUCUGAGAACGCCAUUGGUACCCUGGGGGGACUGGGAGCUCUGGGGAACAGCCCACUCCGUUCCCUGAACCUGACCCGCAACCCAGUGACCUUCACUCAGGACUACCGUGCACGUGUUUUCUCCUGUUUGCCAAAUCUCGAGGUCCUGGAUGGAAUCCCCAAGCUGCCAGAAGACUUGCUGCCCCCCAGUUUACUGCUCCCAGAAACCAGCAGGAUGUGUAAUAUUUUGUGACAUUCUUCCGUGGUAGCCUGCACUUUGAAAAUGUCAGUUUUCAGAGAUCUCCUCUAAGGGAAAGUGGCCAGAUAACAUUUAAAUGAAGGACUUAGUAUUUACACAAACUGUCAUACUUACUGCCGUUAAGGUCACGGGUUGAGGCAUUCAGAAGAAUAAUCGUAAGGUAAUGCUUUUAGUACCAAGUAACAACUACCAAUAUAUUACUGAUAUUUUUA